GAAAACACACAAAGGCAGGAAGUCAAGUGAUCUGAUACAAAAUGCAAGUAGGUGGCAGUGUCACUGCACGUUUCAUCGUAUGACGACAACCCGGAAGUCCAACAUUUCUUUAGGCAUCUUUCUUCUAAAAACAGCUGGCUGCUGCGUUGCUACAUCCUGAAUGCGUAGCAGAAACAAACACUCCAGCUACCAUUACAACCGCGCAGCAGGUGAUUCUGCAGCAGUGGAGCAAACCGUGUCUGCUGCAGGAAAAUGUGGUUUGUCCGGGGAGGAUCCUGGACAUUUGUCGUCCCCACAGUGGUGACCUUUCUGUUUCUGGAUGCUGUUGUUUUCGUGCAGGCGAAGAACUUUGAGGAUGUUCGCUGCAAGUGCAUCUGCCCGCCGUACAGAAACAUCACUGGCCACAUAUAUAACAGAAAUGUGUCUCAGAAGGAUUGUAAUUGCCUCCAUGUAGUGGAGCCCAUGCCGGUGCCUGGCCAUGACGUGGAAGCCUACUGCCUGUUGUGUGAGUGCAAGUACGAGGAACGGAGUAGCAACACCAUCAAGGUAACCAUCAUCAUUUACCUGUCUGUUGUGGGUGCGCUGCUGCUCUAUAUGCUGUUCCUGCUGCUGGUUGAUCCUCUUAUUCGCAAACACGAUGCCUACACCCAGCCACUGCACAAUGAGGAGGACUCUGAGGAGAUGCGUCCUCCGGUGGACAGUGCCCAGGCCAAAGCAAACACGGUGCUGGAGCGGGUUGAGGGAGCACAGCAGCGCUGGAAAAAGCAGGUCCAGGAACAGCGCAAGACAGUUUUUGACCGCCACAAGAUGCUUAGUUAAACCCCACAGCUGAUUUUAAAGAAGGAUUAGAAUAGGUAACUUAACUGGGCUCAGCGCUAUUACACUGUCACCAGCUGCACUAUUACUAACCUCUUUGUUAAUGCUGUGUACUGCACCCUCUGAAUAAGUAUUUCCUCACUAAGAAAACAUUUAAACACACUGAUCUAACAAGCAGAUGAUUUUUUUAUUUAUUAGAUGUGACAUUUUAGGCAAAAUUGCAGUCGUGAAAAAACGGCAUUGUUACGCACUGUAAACGGCUAUAAACCAUGUCAAUCAUUUCAGAAAUUUACAAUGCAACGGAUAUUUAAUGUCUUGAUAAAGUAAAAAAAAAAAAAAAUUCUCUAUUAAGCAAGACUGUGAAUAGUAUUUUAGCUUCCUCGUGAUAAUUUCUCUUGCUAAUUUGGUAUUUUGUUAAGCUGUUUUUCUUGUGGCAUAAUUUAUGAAGUUACUUCACUACAGGCCUUGUGAAUGUGAAUGGUCUGUUUAGCUAUUUGGGUAGAAAGAGUACUCUACCUAUGCUGUUUUCAAGCAUAGCACAUUUUCUAGUUUAGCACUUACAUUAAUUUAUUUAUGAUAAUUAAUAUUAUCAUUUAUUUGUCUCCCAUUGCUAUGCAUAAUUACCUGGGCAUAGUUAUGGCCAUUUGGAUUAAUGGAUUAUUUAUUUUUGGGUUUGUUAUUUUAAAGCUUUGACCUUGCUACAUUUAAGAGCCCCAACAAGCCCCAGUAUGUGCCUUUUUCUGUUUCUUUCCUUAUGCGGGUGAACGUGUAACAACAAAGUCCAGUGCAAAUCAUUGAUCCUAAAUGUCAGCUUAAAAAAUAUAACCGAUAGUAAGGUCUACCAGUUCAUUAGUUUAAGCAGUAUUGGUUAUUUAAUUAGUAUAAAUUCAAUCUUUUAUCUUGAAUGUACCUGUGGAAACUGAUUGGAAAAAGGCUUGUUCAUUUAGUUGAACAAGCCCAUGCAUUGAGGGAAAUGGAGAAGGGGCAUUUAACAAACUUUCAAACUUUCCUCAGUGUCAUCAAAUCUCUUCUAAUUGAGAAUGUCUAAAAUCAGUAAAGUUUCUGAUGAUGCGGUGAACUGUGGCAGAAUCAGGAUGCCUCUUGGCCCCUCAUGUACAUCAUUAUGUGUCAGUGAAUUCCUCGUUGCAUCUACUACUGAAGCUCCCAGUUGGGGAACUUUUAAUUUGUCAGUCAUGGUUUGUAUUAUUGUUGAGUUUUUUUUGAUUGAUUUGAUGUCAAUUUAAUUUAAUUUAAUUUAACUGGUAUCAGUUUUUUGUUAUUAUAUAUUUCUCCAGACUCACUGGAGUAUUUGACUGCUAAUGUUUAUACAUCCGGCUUGAUGUGAAAUAAAAAAAUAUAUAAA